GCGGUGACAUCACCGCUCUGGUAAACCGGCUCUUACACACUGAAUGGUGGCCGUAUGCGUUCCAAUAUACAAUCUAUACUACAUGUAUCCUGACUUUACGUCAUGGAAUAAAGUCUGUCCGAACAUACGUUUCGUUUCACAGAAAUUCUGUGCUCUGAGCUGUCCCCACAGGUACAGUAGCUUCUUUCGCGUGCAUGGGAAUUAAAUUCAGAGCCUGUUAAACAGCCACUACCGCAGCUAACUACAAUAGUUUCACUUCAGACCUAUUCGUACUUGAAAGCGCUCAUUCGCGGAAACCACAACUAACACUUGAAACGUUAAGGCAUUUUUCACAAAACAUGAAGAUAAUAUUCCAGAUCUUGAUUGUGCUGUUUGCAGCUUUUAAAGAGAGAGUACAUUGUUGUUCCCCCAGCUCCAAGAGUGAAGUGUUUGCUCAUGAAGGAGAGCUGGCUGUUCUGAAAUGCACUUCCUCUGUGAAAUGUGAUGACAGUAGUUUGAGAUCUGACUGGAUUGUCAGCUCCUCAGGAGGCUUUAUGAAGCUAACUUCAGGUGUCAGAGAUUCAUUAAUUAUAAAGAGGAAGUGGCUCAUUAUCUUGGGCGUCACAUUAAAUGACACUGGACUGUAUCAAUGCACCCAGCGCUGCAGCAAUGGAACUGAUAUUAUCUCAUCCAAUAAGUAUAACCUCACAGUGUAUGGUGGAAAAUGCUUCACAGAGGAAGACCUAUAUCGAAUAAAGAAAAAUACUGGAAACUCUUUUACACUGUCCUGUGAAGAUAAGGACAUUCCUCUCUCAAUAUCUCAUAUUACAUGGCUGAAGGACUGUAACCAAGUAUAUAACUCUGAACAAGUGAUAAAUAUCGCCAGUCUUAUGAAAAGCCAUGCUGGAAAAUAUACUAUUAUAUAUUCAUAUACAUAUGGCAAUAGACAUUACAAUUUGUCAGAAACAACAGAGUUGGUUGUAAAAGAUUCUUCAGACCUCCUAGAUCCCAAGAUAAUUCACCCUGCAGAAAACAAGACAAUAGAAGUUGAAAUAGGGAAAGAGAUUGUAAUAAAUUGCACAGCUGUCAUUUAUAGAAAACCUAAGUUGAAAACGUUGUACUGGCUGAAAAAUAAAGAGUUUGUUGAAGUCUGUGAUGGCAACAAAAGUGUCUGCUGCAAAGAGUCAAGUGAACAUAAACCUCAUAAUAAAUAUCACAUGGUCUCCUCUCUGGUAUUUAAAAGUGUUACCAAGGAAUGUCUAAAUAUUCUAUACACUUGUAAAUUAGAUAGUGCACAAAAAAAUAGAAAAGUCUUUAUAACAUUGCAACUGAAAGAGACUAAUCAACAAGGUGUCAGCACAGUUUAUCUCUGGCUUGGAAUAUUAGGUUGUUUUGCCCUUUCUGCUAGCACUUUCACAGCUAUCUAUAUACAGUUUAAAAUUGAAAUUGCCCUGCUCUAUAGAAAUAUUACAGGCAAAGAUGACACUGUUGGAGAUGGUAAAACAUAUGAUGCCUAUGUCACCUACUACAAGAUCAAAAGUUCAAAAUCAUUUUUUGAAAAAGAAAGGAAGUCCUUAUUAGAGGUUCUGGAGGAACACUAUGGUUACCAGCUUUGCAUAUAUGAACGUGAUGUCCUUCCUGGAGGGGCUUUUGCGGACACCAUUCUGGAAUACAUUGACAAGAGCAGAAGGUUGAUAAUGAUACCGAGUGCGGAUGACCCAGCACAUGAAAGUCAAUAUGAGUUAGUAACUGGUCUGUAUAAUGCUCUGGUUGAUAAGAAAAUACAGAUCAUCAUAAUUCAGUGUGAACCAAAGGCAGACCUGGACUCUUUUCCGGAGCCUUUGAGGCUUCUUUUGAAGUCUAAUGGAGCAGUUAGAUGGAAAGACAGAAAGUCGAAAGAGCUGGACUCAGUGUUCUGGAGGAAACUGCGGUACAUGAUGCCAGCAAAGAAGCAUGCUGUGCCCUUACCAGAACAAAUCAAAAUGCUGUGAAUAAAUAGUAUUGUACACUGCUAAAUGUAUGAAUGUUAAAAUGAAAAAUCAGUGUUUUAAUAUUGAAAAAUACCUGUGUGCAAAA